GGUUAGUACAAUGGCAGCAAUGGGCGGUAGUAACUUAAGUAAUCAAAUAAACCUCAUCCCACCCUGUUAGUGGAGUAUGGUUGUUUUGGAAGGAGCCAAUGGAAUCUUCAGCAAGCCGCGACCCGCUUUGAGCCGGUCUGUAUUGUAUUCUUCUCAGUUGAAGUCAUCGCGUCUUCUCUUCCGCCUCUUCUUCGUCUUCUUCGUCUUCGAGGUGCUACACAACCUGCUGUCUGUCUUCCCCAUGUUCUCCAGGAUCCAGGGGAUAGCUAGGUACGUCAAGACUUUUUUUUUUUCUUCUCUUCUGUCGCCCGCCCGCCGAACCCUUGCAUCCGUCCACCAACGAUCUUCCUCGUCACUGCUUUUUACCGCCGGGCCCAGCCUCAGCAGAGCCGUCGCGUCCAAUCACCCCCUCCAUCUCCGCCCCCCCCUUGCCGACGACGAGCCAAUCUUCUGCCUCAACCAGCCUUUCACGACAGUCGGCGCUACUGCGAGGAACGAAGCUCGUCAACAUCCAUUCUCACUUGUCCCUAAUUGUCCAGGCUAACCCCCCUGCGUCCGCCCAACCACACGUCGCCGUCAGCUUUCUCCUCAGUUGCGCGGGAGAAAUAGCCAAAAGAGCUUGUCUGGUACCUACGUUCGCCGCCUAGCAGCACCCAGUGCCCGAGAGCUUCAGAGGAGCGAAGAUCGAGCCGUCCCCGUGCCCUCGAAGCGACGCUGGCCAACGAAACGUGGUAGCCACUUUUCCAGAGCCAUGCCACUCGACCCAGCGGUAUUGCCUCCUCCCCACCAUCUUCGUCGUGCUCUCUCCCUCUCUCCCUAGGUCCGGUGCCUUGCUGCUGCUGCUGUUGGUAUCGCAGCUGCUACGGCUGCUGCUCCUGGG